UGACGCUGUUUAGGGUAAAUUGUGCGCAAUGUUGCCCGUGCGAAAUGGUUUUUUUUUCAUUUAGACAGAUUAAGUUUAAUGUGGUAAUCCAAAAGAAGAAAGAAAAAAAAAACAUCAAUUCAGGCUAUUCCUGAUUACGCCUAACGCGUCAACGUAUAAUCAUCUUAAAUAAGUGAAAGAUUGACCACGAUUUGGCGGUUAGUUAUGCGCUGCCGCGAGGCUCUGUGGGUCCAGGUGUUGUUCAGCUGUGCGUGACUUUCAUACUUUCUCCUGUUUAAUAUUUUUCUUCAACUGAUCGGACGAAUUUCCUCUUUCGCCAAAGCUUGGAAUUCUCCGCCCACACAGCGAGAUUGACAGGCAGACGGUCUAAUCUUCACGAAGUCUAACGGGAUUGGCAGAGAUUCUACACCAGUGUCGGGAGAAUCCCCGUUAUUUUUUUAAUUACCCUCGUCUGAACUCCUGUGCGUUUUGUUGGGUCCUGCCUUGUUCUUUUCAUUUCGCUUCAUAAACUUUUUUCUUCCCCCUCCCCGUUAUCCGCUACACGUAGCUAGGUUUCUUUUAGCGUCUUCGUUUCCACCGAGAUUUUUUUCUUCCAGAAAACAAUGGAGUCCAUACGCCCACAACGUCUUCAGCCUGGCAUCGGAUUUGGAGCCGGAUCGACUGGGACGCUUCGGUCUUCUCUCCGACCGGGGGUUACCGUCCCCACCGCUCCGCCGCAGCCGCCGUCGGCCUGUCUGUCCGCCUCGUCGGGGCCGCCGCCGCCCCCGCCGCCGCUUCAGCUGCACAGCCUCGGGGUCGGCGUGAUGGGAAACGCCGGGAUGGGGACCGCGGGGAUGGCCGGGCUCGGGCUGUGUAAUCCGGGGAAUCCGACGGUGCUGCGCGAGGCGGUGGAGGCUGUCGUGAGGAGCUUCGCGAAGCAUACCCAGGGAUAUGGCAGAGUGAACGUGGUGGAGGCGCUGCAGGAGUUCUGGCAGAUGAAACAGUCCCGGGGGGCGGACCUUCGAAACGGCGCGCUGGUGGUGUACGAGAUGGUGCCCUCCAACAACCCCCCCUACGUCUGCUACGUCAGCCUGCCCGGGGGCAGCUGCUUCGGGAGCUUCCAGUUCUGCCCCACGAAGGCAGAGGCGAGGCGGAGCGCGGCCAAAAUCGCCCUGAUGAACUCGGUCUUCAACGAGCACCCGUCACGCCGCAUCACCGACGAGUUCAUCGAGAAGAGCGUGAGCGAGGCGCUGGCCUCCUUCAACGUGAGCUCUCCGCCUCCUCCUCUUCCUCCUCUUCGCAGCUUCUCACUGGCUGACGAUGACGAUAGUGAGAAUGAUGAUGGUGGAAGUGGUGAUGAUACUGAUGAUUGUUAUGGAGGUAUUGGUGAUUAUGAAAUUGAUGAUGAUGAUAUUGAUGAUGUUGAUGAUGGUGGUGGUAGUGGUGAUGAGGAUGAUAGUGGUGAUGGUAUUGAUGAUGAUGAUGAUGAGGAUGAUAGUGGUGGUAGUGGUGGUGAUGAUAUUGAUGAUGAUGAUGAUGAUAGUGGUAGUGGUGAUGAUGAUGAUGAGGAUGAAAGUGACUCCCUGCCCCACACCGUCCCAACACCAGACAUCCCUGCCCACACUCCCGACACCGGACAUCCCUGCCCCACACUGUCCCAACACCGGACAUCCCUGCCCCACACCGUCCCAACACCAGACAUCCCUGCCCCACACCGUCCCAACACCAGACCUCCCUGCCCCACACCGUCCCAACACCAGACCUCCCUGCACCACACCGUCCUGACACCGGACAUCCCUGCCCCACACUAUCCCAACACCGGACCUCCCUGCACCACACCGUCCCAACACCAGACUCCCUGCCCCACACCGUCCCAACACCAGACCUCCCUGCACCACACCACAUCCCUGCCCCACACUAUCCCAACACCAGACCUCCCUGCCCCACACUGUCCCGACGCCGGACCUCCCUGCCCCACACCGUCCCAACACCAGACCUCCCUGCACCACACCGUCCCGACGCCGGACCUCCCUGCCCCACACUAUCCCAACACCAGACCUCCCUGCACCACACCGUCCCAACACCAGACCUCCCUGCCCCACACCGUCCCAACACCAGACCUCCCUGCACCACACCGUCCCGACGCCGGACAUCUCGUUCAGGAACGAGCCUGGUUUCUGAUUGGCUGCCUCUUUCAGGAGCUGAUGACGGUCUUCCAGCUGCUGCACUGGAACGGCAGCCUGAAGGCGAUGAGGGAACGCCAGUGCUCCCGCCAGGAAGUCCUGGCUCACUACUCGCACCGGGCGCUGGACGACGACAUGCGCACCCAGAUGGCGGCCGAUUGGGUGAACCGGGAGCAGGGCGUGGCCGGGACCAUCUCGCGGGAGCUGGCGGCGACCGAGCGGGAGCUGGAGCAGGCCAGGAUGGCGGGAAGGGAGCUCCGCUUCCACAAGGAGAAGAAGGACAUCCUGAUGCUGGCCGUGGGGCAGCUGGGGAACGCCAACGCCGCCACCCUGCCCUCCAGCUGCUAGGCCCGCGGUGGGGGUGGGGGUGGGGGGCGGAGCUAAGGGAGGGUGGGCAGCGGCUGUGGGAGGAGCCUCGCACUGGCUCCGCCCUCAAUUCACGAUUGUACGGGACAUCGCUGCAGCGAUUAAGCCGAUCCACAACACCAGAGGUCAUGCUUAAAAAAACGACCGUCACAGGGUUCGCUAGUGUCUGAAAACCUAAAGAAAAAAGAACAAAAAUGUAUGUGUUAUUUUGCUUCUUUAAAAAAUGAAAAAAAAAAAGAAUUCUGACCUUUCAGAUCCACUGACUGUACGUCUUUUUGGGUUCUAUGGAGGUUCCCGCCUAUGUGGAAAAUGGGCUGAUGGGAAGGCGUGUAAAAGCUUAUCUCAAAUGCUGUAUCUCUCAAAUGCUGUUUUCUGUCUCAGAAUUAAAUGCCUGCCUUAGAUCUAAAGGGAUCCAGACUUAACCGCACCAAACUCAGGUGGGCGUCACAGAGACUAGCCACGCCCCCUUUUUUCUCUCAGCAGGGUACAGGAAGUGCUGUGUUAAUUCGGGUGGAAUUAAUGCAGCUCAAUGCCUUUCAUUUUUUUUAAAACACCCACCAGGAACCUCCAGCAGGUCUGACUGCCUGCCUGCCUCUGCAUUUUCCUGCCCCCCCUCCCUACCUCCCCUCCCCCACCCCCCCCCACGGAACUGCCAGCCACAAAUCUAAUGAAAUCCAUUCAUAAAAAUGUACCGCCGGCAAAAGAACAGUUGACGUAUUUUCCAAAUGAGGCCUCAAUCUGGCACACAACUGGAAAGAGCAAAAAGACAAAAAGAGAGCCGCCCCCCCACCCCCACUCACCACAAAAUCCCACCUCCAAGUCCUGUAUUCACAGGGCCUUUAGGGCUCAACCAAAUAAAAACAAGACAAAAGAACACUAAUCUCCCCCUGAAGCAGGAACUUGCAGCCUUUUGUAAGAUGUUUUCAACCAGUCGAGUAUAAUCGCUAUGAAACUUAAAAAAAAAAAAAUAAAUAAAAUAAAAAAACGUUCCGGCAGCCUCAUGGAAAGGUAUUGUGUGUAAAAAUGUAAAAUCCAAAAUUCAAGGGGUAUAUCUUGCAUAUGUAUUGAACUGUACUCCAUACAUGUGAAAUAUGUCAUAGCCCUUAUGAUAAACUUAUAUUAGGAAAAUGCUUCAGUUAUUGCCUUUUUAUAUCUGUAGGAGUAGGUGUUGUAUAUUGCACAACUGCACCAUUGCAAUGUACAGGACAUAUGUAAGUUUACAAUGUACAAUGUAUGUACUUUUAAUGCAUAAUUUAGUAUUAUGUCUAUAUGCAUAACAUUGUAUAUGUGAAAGUGGCAAUCCAUAUAUUUUGUAGUUAUAUGCAUUGUGCAUAGAUAUGUAUUUGGAUAAUAUUCCUCAUGUUUUGGAUCUUGUAUUCAAAUGGGCCGUGUGUUGGAAUGUACUUUUUCUUCGUGAAGGAACAUUUGACUGGUUUCUGGGAUUUUAUUUUCAGAGAAUCAUUUUGUCAACCGAUAACCAAUGUGACUUUCAAAAUGGUUUUAAUCUUUACUAUCUCCUCUCUCUCUCUCUCCAUUUGUCUUUCGCUCUAUCUUUCUAUUAUUUGACUUUGAAAACAUGAUGCGUUAACAGAAUUACAAAACGGUAUGACUAUGAAAUUAAUUGUAACUGUUUAAGGGUUGGGAUAAGGAUGGAAGCUGCCUUGGUAUGUUUCUGCAACUGUUAUUACCAAGCAGUUCAUGAGGCCAGACAAUGAAUGGAUGGAUGUCAUCCUAUUGUCUCUAUACCAUGUGAUACAAAGAAAACGGAUGGAUGGAUGUCAUCCUGAUGUCUCUAUGCCAUGUGAUACAAAGAAAAUGGAUGGAUGGAUGUCAUCCUGUUGUCUCUGUACCAUGUGAUUCAAAGAAAAUGGAUGGAUGGAUGGAUGUCAUUCUGCUCUCUCUGUGCCAUGUGAUACAAAAAGCCAUAUUGACAAAGUGCAAUCAGUAGUGUAGAUUUUAGCCUGGGAGAGUACAGCCUGGUAUCAGGCUCUUUUUUUACACACAUGUAUGAUUUUGUAAUUGCUAUCUUUAUUAUGAUUAGUAUGUUAUGUUAAGUGUAUAAUUAUGACAAUGUACUUACUAUGUACUUAAUAUUUUUUUGUAUUUUUAUUUCAGUACCUUUUUAAUGCAUUCCCCUGGUCCGACACAUGAAAGGUUUUUUGGUGCGCAGUUUUUUAGCACUUGAGUUUUCGUAGGAAAUACUCUUUUUACGAUUCAAAAUACACGUUUUUCAGUUGUGCAGCAUGCUUUUAUAAGCCGCACACCUUAAUCGUUUGUACAAACACAGUUUGUCAUCAGGUUCUUUUAUCCCCAAAAUAAUGAUUUAUGAACUAACAAUCCAUGCUUAACUGAGUAAAAUGCAUUUUUAUGAAAGUUCUACAGUAUAUACCGCAGAAUGUUUUUUUGUUUUGUUUUUGUUUUAUACAUUUGUUAUAUGUAUUUUCUAUGACCGAUUUUUAAGUAUUACUUUUUUUUUUUACUCAACAUAGGUUUGUAUUUCAAUUUUUAAAAAAUGAAAAUAAAACGGUGAUAAGGUU